GGGUAGGUCUAAGUGGUGAGGAGUGGGACUUUGGUCGUGCACCUAACAUCACGAUGGAUGACUAUCCCAUGUAUGGGCUACUUGUGGGGUUCUCCCUGUGGGGAACCCUAUGGCGYCUCCUUUUUCCUCUGGGCUUCUGGUCCACUGUUGCGUGUAGAGUAGGACCCACUCGUAGUGGUACGUCCACCACGCCAUACACGAAGGAGGAGGAGGAGAAGAUGGCCGCUCUACUGCAAGAGAGGAAGGAGAAGAAGGAGGCCAAAAAGAAGGCCUUGAAGGAGGAGCAGGCGGCCAAACUGAAGAAGAUCGAAGAGGAGAUGGCCAGGGAGAAGGAGAGGCUAAUAAAAGAGGAGGAAGAGAAGUUGAAAAAGGUAGAAGAGGAAGAGGAAGACCCGCCAGUGCAGAAGAGCAGUGGACAGCAUAGCGGCAGUCCUGGUGGGGAGUUGGAAAAAAGGAUAUCCGAAUGGAUGGCUAAUCUGACUGUGGUAGAGGAAGAAGAAGUUAGCAUGUAUAUUCCGCAGGAUCAGCAAGAAGCCGCCAUGAGGGCUUGGGAUGCAGAGAAAGACCCCCUUAGACGCCAGGCGUUGGAAGAUGAGAAGAGGAUGGAGUGGAGGUUAGCGGUGAUGAGGGAGAAAAAGAGGAGAGUUGACAAGGCAGCAGAGGCGGCGGAAGCACUAGAGGAAGUGAAAACGAUAGAACAACAAUUAGCCGCCCAGCCCGAUUUCCCGAAUCAGAUGCGAGUCAUGGCUAGAAGCAUCGCAUGCCUGGCACGAGUCCAGGCAGAUCAGUAUGACUUCAGCAGGAGUCAAGAUAUAGCUGUGCGCUCGAUACGAUUGGGUUUACGGGACUUUGCGCAGGAACUGGUAGGUGCCGUUGGAGUCGAGGGUGAUCCGGAGUCGAGUUGCGUAUGAACUCUGAGUCGAACGUGUAAGUGHGGGCGCCCAGCGCCAUAGUCAACUGAAGUAAACUUGGAUUUGAGUU